CGCCUCCUAUGGUGGUGUCUAUUCAAAGAAAUGCGUGCAUCCAGUACGAUGUAGCCUAGUUGAUUGCCCAAUUCCACGGCGGAGUGCCGGCUCGAGUUUUGCUAGAAAGUACUUGAAGCCUGGCAUACAGCAAAUGUAAAACUUUCACGGUUCUUCUCUGACAUUCUCCAUGACCUCUAUUUAUAUGCGUCUCUUGCCCUGGGAAAAUAUUCAAUAGUCUCACCUUCCGUACGCCUAAAAUGAAUGAAUCGACUUCCUGUCAGUCACCUGUGCAGUCGUCUUUAAACCCCUGUCUUCCUAUCUAGAAGAACCGUCGACCACGUAGGUACUUCAGACAUCAAAACUACUGACGAUGGCGUAUAUCACGGCUGGGAAUCCCGUCUGGGACGACAUUGACGCCGAAGCGGCUAGUGGCUAUAACGAGGGAGCGCGGUUUGGUCGCGACAUCCCGCUCUUCGUUAUAUGUACCUCGGCCUUUGAGGGACCGGCCGUCUACACCAGAGUUGAAAUCUGGCGUACGAUCCAGGCGGCGCUGAACGACUUUGCCGAAUACAACCCCAGAAGGCUUGCCUGGGGCCCGGGAUGGCCGCGUCGUCUUUCUAUUAAUCGCGACCAACGCCUACGGAGCCGAUCCCUCCUUUUAGGCCCAGCCUUAUACGAGUACCCGAUGCCACCGUCCCCAAAUGCAGACGAGGAGGAUCCGGAUCUAGAUGCCGUUAUCGACUACCUCGUCAUAGACAGAGAUGGCACCUACUACGGAGUGACGAGAUACCAUCGCGGCGAGAGUUCGGGAUGGUCUACUAGUCGGACUUAUUCCGCAUUCAGAGCUGUACACUUCUAUAGGGACGAAGACGGGAUCUUGAGAGAAUGGGAAACGGAUGAGGACUUAUUGAAUGGGGAACCGACGUCCUUCGAGAUGGACGAGCUGCCGAUCAGUAUUGGUUCGCCGAUCUCACCCGUGCUUUCCGUCCGUACCCUCUUCUCUAACUCCGAAUCGGCUAAUUUGGACCGGGCCUGGGACCCGGAAGCCAAUCUAGAGCCAGAUGGGCAGAGGGAGACAGAGCAUUCGGAACAGUCCCAAGCGGGCGAGGAGGGACGGGAGGGAGCAAACGCAGGUGGAGGCGACUGGGACAGUGGAAGUGUCUGGAACAGUGGAGGUAUCUGGAACGUUACAUAUAGCGAAACCUGGGGCGACGGGGGCGACUCCUGGUGAUCCACGUCGGGCUAGGAGGGUAAGGUCUGCUAAUCGACGACGCUUUUUCACUUCUGACGAGAAAGUUCGCACGCGCUCGUCCUCCGCCGAGACAGGCACGCACGGCUGUGAUCUCCGCUUGACUCUUUAUUCUGUCCCUCUUCUCUCUCCGUUGCCGGUUCCGUUGUAGCAGAUAUGUUGUGUUAGGUAGAUUGUG